AUGUUAGUUAAAAGUAAAUGCAAACAUAGUUACAGUGAGAAAGAUGUAACAAAAAAAUUCUCUAAAGAAAAUAAUAUGGAUUCUGGUAAUAUGCUCAAAGAACUUAAAGGCCUUACUGAAAUAAAAGAGAUGCUUAUAGCUCAA